UUGAACUGAAACCAAUAAACAUCGAAGUCAUUUCUCUCCUGCCCAUCCCCUCACAAGCAAGCUUACAGCCUCAACCUUUCGAAAUGGCAGCUGCUCAGAAUUAUAAUAACCCCCCUGCACCGGCUGCCCAGAAUUACAAUCCUGCCCCUAUGCCAGCUGCGCAGAAUUACAAUCCUGCCCCUAUGCCGGUUGCUCAGAAUUACAAUCCUGCCCCUAUGCCGGUUGCGCAGAAUUACAAUCCUGCCCCUAUGCAGGUUGCUCAGAAUUACAAUCCUGCCCCUAUGCCGGUUGCCCAGAAUUACAAUCCUACCCCUAUGCCGACGGCUCAAAAUUACAAUCCGGCCCGUGUGUCAGCUGCUCAGAGUUAUAAUGCACCCCAGGCACCAGGUGCUGAGAGUUAUAAUGCACCCCAGGCACCAGGUGCUCAGUAUUACAAUAAGCCCACCGCCGGAGGACGCAGAGGAGGAGACUACUAUAACCGCCCGCUACCCAAAGAUGGGCGUCGCUUUUCUUCAACAGCUUCUGAUGACAGUAUGCUGACCAACCAAAUUCUGGCUAGUGACAAGUCUCAUGCCCGUCCCUAUGAUGUCACUCUCCUUUCUUUGAAGCACAUUCUUCAAACCGUCGACGUGAUUCUGUCCCGCGUCACCCAACCUGACAUCCACAGCACCGUCACGGGAGCACUAGUGCCGGGUACACAUGCCGAUGCUUUGGAGCAUGAGAAGGCUUCCCAUGCUAUCAUCAGUAGUCUCCCUGACAACUACGAUGUUCCAACCAGCCUGUUUAAUGCAAUUUCCUGCGAGAUAUUCUGCAAGUGGCUGUCUGGGGAAGAUGCCAACAAGACAACCAUGGACAUAUUAGACACAGUGCAACACUACGACUGGGAUGAAAAGGUUGUGCUUGCCUUGGGAGCUUUUGCUGUGAAAGAUGGUGAAUACUGGCUUGUGGCUCACCUUUACACCACCAACCCUCUCGCCAAAGCGGUUGGGCAGCUUAAGCAAGUGCAAGAGAUACUGGAACAUGCCGGGACUCGUUUGAAGCCCAAGUUUGACGCCUACAACAAUCUGGUUAGGGCCGUGCUCAAUGUGACCAAGGGCAUUGUUCAGCUACAUGACCUCCACCGCAACCCCGUCAUGACCACUGAAGCAGAGUCGGCGGCUACCACUGCUCUUAUCCCCACAGCUGUUUACUGGACGAUUCGGAGUAUUGUAGUUGCUGCAACACAGCUUUUGGGGAUCACUGGCAUGGGCCCCGAGCAUAUGACAGAGGCAUGGGAACUGUCUUCCUUGGCUCAUAAGCUCGAAAACAUACACAGCCACCUCAAGGAGAAUCUCGACAGAUUACUCGACAUCAUCAAGAGGAAGAAAGAAGAGCAAGAAUUAAGUGAAAUUUCUUACAUCUUGGAAUCACCACACAUUGACAACAGCAAGCCUUUGAGGGUCCUGUUUUACAAGGAUGAUCAGCCUGCACUCUAUGAUUGCUACAACAAGAAGAGGGUUGACAUUGAUGUGCUGAAGAGGAAGGUUGUGAUACUGUUCCUUUCGGACAUAGACGUUGUCCACGAAAACGAGUACAUGAUUGUUCAGCAAAUGUACUUGGAAAAACGGCAGAACCCAACCAGGACGGAGAGCCAGUAUGAGGUUGUGUGGGUUCCGAUUGUGGACAUAUGGACCGAUGCCAAGUACCAGCAGUUCGAGGAUCUUAGAAGGAACAUGGAAUGGUACACAUUGUUCCACCCUUCGGUUGUCCCUAAGACUGUCAUCAGGUACAUCAGGAAGCAGGAUAAAUGGAACUAUGGCAAGAAGCCUCUGCUUGUGGUGAUGGACCCUCAAGGAAAAAUAGUGCACACCAAUGCUGUUCACAUGAUGUGUGUUUGGGGAAGCAUAGCCUUCCCUUUCACUAGCAACAGAGAGAAAUUACUCUGGGAGGAAGAGAAGGAUUGGAGGAUCGAGCUUUUGGCAGAUGCUAUCGAUCAGAACCUAAUUACCUGGAUCACGGAAGGGAAAUACAUUUGCUUGUAUGGCGGGGAAGAUAUAGAUUGGAUCAGAAAUUUCACAAGGUCAGCCAAAAAUGUGGCUCGGGAAGCUGGGAUCCAGUUGGAAUUGCUUUAUGUGGGGAAAAGAAAUCCUAAGGAGAAAGUGGUGAGGAACAUCAUGAACGUCAUCCAAGCUGAGAAGCUAAGCUACACUCUUGAGUGGAGCCUUAUCUGGUUCUUCUGGAUGCGUCUCGAGAGCAUGUGGCAAUCCAAGGGACACCAGAUGCAGUCUGAGGUUAGGUCUGGUCGAGUUAGGACCGACAACAAGAAGAAUGAUCCAGUGAUGCAGGGGAUCAUAUCGAUGUUGAGCUUCGGUUCAAGUGACCGUGGAUGGGCUGUGAUUGGCGCCGGUUCAUCAGAGAUGGCUAAGGCUAAUGGAGAGCACAUGCAUAGAAGUUUAAGCGAGUAUAACUUGUGGAAUAGAAGGGUGAACGAGAUAGGGUUUGUGCCUGCACUGAUUGAGUACUUGACUGGGGUUUAUAAAGAAGCUCCACAUCACUGCACCAGUCUCAUAUUGCCUGCCACCGGACUCAUGCCUGAGACGGUGGCCUGCGCUGAAUGUGGCCGCCUCAUGGAGCGGUUCACCAUGUUCCGCUGCUGCACUGAUUGAUCAGCUUCUGUUGCACCGGACCACAAGUCUGCUUUUUAUGAUACGUUGAGUUUCCCUACCUGAUUGCAAGCUACUGUUGCUGCUUUUUACUAGUACUCGAAGUGCUAUAUUUGUGUAUGACAAUAAAUGUGACACCUGAAUUAUGGCAGUGCAUUAGGUGCCACCUACAGUGUGCUAUCAUAUUAUGAUCCAGUAUUAUUGCUACCAACAAAUUUCAAUUAUUCAUUUUUAA